GGCACCUUCCAGGAGCCUUCCGGCGACGGGGCCGACAUCCUGGUGGAGUUCAGCCGCGCCUUCCACCAGGACGGGUACCCCUUCGACGGGCCCGGCAGCACCCUGGCCCACGCCUUCUUCCCCGGCGAGCACCCCAUCUCCGGGGACACCCACUUCGACGACGAGGAGACCUGGGUCUACGACCCCCGUGCCACGGCGCCAGGAGCCGGCACGGAUCUCUUCGCCGUGGCCGUGCACGAGUUCGGCCACGCCCUGGGACUGGCCCAUUCCUCCACCAAAGAGUCCAUCAUGAUGCCCUAUUACCAGGGCCCCGUGGGGCAGCCCCACCUCUACCAGCUGCCCCCCGAUGACGCCCUGGAUCUCUUCGCCGUGGCCGUGCACGAGUUCGGCCACGCCCUGGGACUGGCCCAUUCCUCCACCAAAGAGUCCAUCAUGAUGCCCCGCCUGCCCGCCCCCGCCCGCUGCCAGGCCCACUUCGAUGCCAUCGCCAACAUCCGCGGGGAGGUUUUCUUCUUCAAGAAGAAGCAUUUCUGGAGGAUGCAGAUAGCCCGUAACCUGGUCUCCCUAGAGCCAGCUCAGACCCAGCGAUUCUGGAUGGGGCUCCCCACAGAUUUUGGGGCAAUCGAUGCUGUCUACGAGAGGAGUAAUGACAGCAAGAUCAUCUUCUUCAUCGGUGAGGGAGGAGACCCCCCAGCCCUGCCCCACAUAAUCCUUCAGCGCGGAGACCCCUCCCAGCCUGACCCCAUAGCCCCUGCAGCCUGCUCCACUUCCGCCCCCCUUCCCCCCAGGGCUGCAUUGCCACCUUCCCUCUCCAGCACAGGCUCUGGGUCCAGCAUGGGGCUCUUGGCGUGUCACCAGCAGCACCCUGAGGUGCCCUGCCUCAGUUUCCCCUGCCAUGCCGCAGAGCGAGCGUGCCAAGAGGCAAGCCCGUUUCCAGGUCCUGGCUGCGAGGCAGCGGCGGGUGCGUUCCUGGGGGCCGCAGCGGGCGAGUUUCGCCUGGGGGCACGGACCCCGACUCAGCCCUUUGGGCCGGGGGGGACCCCGCACUACUCCUCCCCUGCCGCCUGCCCACAUCUCUCCCCCACGCCCUGA